UUUUUCAGAUUAGCUAUUCAUGAAAGGGAGAGGGAAGAAGAACGGCGUCGAAGGGCUAAACUAGCAAGGCAGCCAUCGGUGAGUACAAAAUGCUGUGAUUUUUUAUCUGUUAGAUGUGUUGGUCCUUACUUCAAAAAGAACAUCUCAUACAUUCCUUUUGGGCCUAACAGUGCAAGCAAUAUAUUGCUUGACCGUCAACAACCUCAUCAGGUGUGAUUACGUAAUCCUCUGUGGGAGGGAUGAAAAUCUUAACACAUUUUAGUAUUCACUACUUGGUUAGGGUCAGUUACCAAGUGUUUGCACCCCCCAUGGAUCAAACCUGCAACCUCCCACACUGCUGUCCAUCACUUUUUCAAUUUAGCUGCAUGUCUCCCUGUCAUGGGCAGAAGACUGGACUGUUUUUAUAUUGCUUUGUUUUGGGGUAUGGUUGUAUACAUUGCCGAGUUUGAAAUGGAGGAAUAUAAAAUUCAUUGAAACCCAAAAAAUACUUGAACAACCACAGUUUAUAGUGAUCAAAACAGAGUUAAGAAAAUAAUAUAAUAUCUAAUGUAAUAAUAGUAAUUUUUACCAUUUUAAAAAUGAAAGUAAUGCUUGUUACCAAGGAAACUUGGAUUGAUUUAUACAAUCUAACAGUGAUAAAUCUAUUAUGAAAGUAGUUAUUUUGUUUUAGUUUUUCCCUUGACACUGUGAUUAUUUAAAAUAAUCGCUUAAAAUGUAGAAAUAAACUUUACAUUUAGAAAUAAACUUUACUUUUGUAUCAAGCUUUUCAUCUCAAUCAACAUUGUCUGUAACAUGUUUGUGUAAAAAAAUGUUAACCCUUUUAAUUUGUGGUCCUGCAGGGCUGUCUUUAAGAGUUGGGGGCCAGGGAUUUUCCCCAGCUAUUAUGAAUGUGACCUCCGCCUACCUUUGUAGGAAAAUAGAAGCAAUAUAGAACCAAACAAAAUGUAAUAAUAGUAAUUUUUACCAUUUUAAAAAUGAAAGUAAUGCUUGUUACCAAGGAAACUUGGAUUGACUUAUGCAAUCUAAAAGUAGUUAUUUUGUUUUAGUUUUUCCCAUGACACUGUGAUUAUUUAAAACAAUGCCUUAAAAUGUAGAAAUAAACAGCUUUACAUUAUUUUGUAUCAAGCUUUUCAUCUCAAUCAACAUUGUCUGUACCAUGUUUGUGUUAAAAAAAUGUUAAACCUUUUAAUUUGUCGUCCUCCAGGGCUGUCAUUAAGAGUCGGGAGCCAUGGAUUUUCCCCACCUAUUAUGAACGUGACCUCGGCUUACCUUUGUAGGAAAAUGGAAGAAAUGUUAAACCAAACAAAAUCCCUAGCUGUUGGACUCCCCGCCUACUUGUAUCAUUAGCCUGGCAACUUGAAAUUUUAAUGACAGCCCUGUCUUCAGUGGAGAAAAUACAAUUUAUUCCACCUGCUUUCCUUCUUUUAAAAGACAAUGUCAUUGCAUGAGGAGCACUGAUUAGUUUUUGUUAGGAAUUAUUAAUACAAGUUAUUAAGAUAAGUCUCUUAUUAGUUUAAUAAUGCACAGUGCUGAGUAACAUAAAAGUUGCUGGGAUACUGACACAGUCUAACAAAGUAGCAAUUGCUUUGCAUCAUGUAUGUGUGGAUCCUUGUCGAUACAUGAUGCUGCUACUGUUUCAGUGUACAUAUGCCUCAAAGGCCUGAACAGUGGACAACUCUCUGAACUUUUGGGCCAUUGUUUUGUUCCCAACAAGGUUUAUAUCACACAUGUGGGGUGUUUUCAUUCCUCUAUGAGACAAUCACCUUUGUCUUACCGAUAUCCGGCGCUUUUCUUGUGGCGUGGUUGAUGUAACACAUCUCGCUCCACAGUCAAUAAUACUGUUUUGAAAUGUGAAAUUGCCCACUUAUUUUCAUGCUCCUCUUAUUUGGCAACUAAUGUGUAGUUUUUUUUUGCUUCUUUUUUUAGAACACUGGUGAUAUUCCCCUAUUUGAAGAACCCAGGAGGGUAUGUGUUAUGUAAUGUGUUAAACACCUAAACUGGAUAUGCGGAGUAUUAUAUUACAUGUACAUUUCAAUUUUGUCUUCUGACCAUCAAACACAAACUCUGUGUUUGCUGGCUUGUUUCAACAAUAAUUAAUGUUCUUAGCACUUUCACGCCCAGGAUGAAUAUGAGUCUUGUAACAUGGCUUUAACUUUUGAGGCUGUUGAUGAAAACUUUUGGUGUGACCAUUCAAUUGACACCUCUUUGGCAGUUCUUUCACAUGGUACCAUUUGUUUUUCAGCAUUUUAUGACAUGAAAUUUGGUAGUUUUGGUGAAUUUUGACUUAGGCCCUGUCUGGGAGUGAAUAGGUUAAUACCCAAUUUUAAAAACUUACUUGAUCUCAAACUCUUAGCAACUGUCUUUCUGUAACCAAAAAGGUUUGUUAUCUGCUCUGGUGAAGACAACCUUUCGGUCACAUAACCUGACAUUUCACAUCGCUGGUGAAGUUCAAGCAAUUCGAACAAAAUAUUCAAUUUUACAUCUAUUCUUCAAUUUGUUGCUCUGAGUUUAAAAUUUUCUAUGCCAAAUAAUGUUUUCCUUCUGUCUUCUGUAGUUGUGCUUUGUUUGUUUUCUCCAGUACUUAUCUUGUUACUCAUGUUGCUUGGUAGGUGCAGCCAUCAACACAGGAUGCCCUCCAACAAAGAAUUCAGGUACAUUAGAUAAUUAUUAUGAUGUAGGUUCUAGUGGCACUAUUCUGUUAGCUUUUUAUAGAAAUCUGUUUAGUUCCGUUACUCCAAAGAGCAUGUACAACCAAAAAUUGAGGCAAAAAUUUGGUUUAAUCUGUUUUAAUAUCAUCAUUUUGUUAAAUGCCAGUGAAGAUGUUAUUUUAACAUUUUCACAGAACUCAAACAUAGCAGUCACAUUUUGUGUUUCCAUAUUGACCCAAGACAAGGUUGAAGGAUCACAGCAUUAAUGACUGCAUUUGAGUAUUUGCUGUGCAUUUACAUUUGCUUUAAAAAAAGAAGAUGAAAGAGAAUCACAAGAAGAAAUCUUCAAAGAUAGAAAGAAAAAAGGCUUCUUCUCCCCAAAAUUAAUUUGAAGGAAUCAGUCCAUGAGGUUAAAAGCUGAGAAGUACAGUGUAAGUUCCCAGCAUCUUUAGGUUUUACUACCAAGAAUAAAUUUUGCUUUCCUGAAGCAUUUUUCUUGGGCACCUCAUGCUACUGGUCAAUAGCCCAAGGGUAUCGAGGUGUAGGAGGUGUUUACAUUUGGCCAAUAUGAGAACUGAUUGAAUUUCGGGAGAGCAUAAGUUAAUGUUUUGUCAUUGACAUUGAAAUAGUUGACGUGAGAUCCCUUAUUUCAAGGACUGUUUUCUAUUGGAGUUUUGGGGUGGGGUAUGUUAGUUAUGCAUUUUUGUUUGUCGAGUGUUUAUGUAAGUUCCCCUUUCAGUUGAAAUUUGUCUUGGUAAGUCAAUCUCAAAAAAUGAGCAGCGUGCAAAGAAAGUAGUGUCCGAUAGCCGACAGCUUGUAGAUUUUGCUGUUCUCAACUUGCCAAAUGGGAAAGUGACAUUUUUUGGAAUUCAAAUUACAGAAAACUGUAAUCGAUCCUGCUCAUCAAAUGCUUUUUUAGGGAUGUUUGAGGUAGUACGUGCAAGUAACAGCUUGCCCAAAUGGCAAGCUGUAAAUUAAACAAACUUUCUUUGUACCCUGAACGAGUCUACCUUCAUGUACUGUGUAAAAAAAAUUAAAGAGCAGGAAUACAUUUCUUUCGUUUCUAAAGCUACAUGUAUUUAGAGGGUUGGGAGAAGGGAAGAUCACCAUUAUGAAAGACUACUGAAUUAGCAUGUCCACAUUUUAAGCUUUGAGUUGCUGAAGUUUAAAGCACAUUAGGUGUUUCAGGAAAGUACAGUCAAUGCUCUUGUAACAAGAAAGCAUAACAAAAAGCUACGAAUCAGACUAUAAAAACUGUCAUCAAUCUAAAUUUCUUGAUUACAUGUUUGUUUCAAUAGGCCACUCUGGGCAAAUUUGACACAAUAGCACCGUCUGUAUUUCAAAAUCAAAAUCAUCUCUUCGGCAUCCCAAUUUCAAGACUUCCUCAAACUCCUGUUGAUGGCGAAAACAAGUUCAACUUUGAUACAAAGAGUAAAGAUUACAAGAAAGUGUGUGAGCUAAAGAAAGCCAAGGCUCCCAACAUGAUAUCUAACUACCAGGAGAAUUCAAAAAGAACACUCAAUAGCUCUAAUGUCAAAGUUAAAGAAGAGGUUAAUGGAACAAAGAAUCACAAAGCCAAUGGACUCUUGAAUGGCUCUGGACAUAGUGCCUCUAAGUCUUCUUUGGUGAUCAAAUCACAAGACUCUGCUGCCUCCUCUAAGAACUCUUCUCUGUCAAAUUUAAAAUCUCCACCUGUUGUUGAAAAAAACUUGUCCAAAGUGGAUGCCAAAAAGUUGGAAAUUAAGCCAGCUGUUAAUGGUGCGUUGAAGUCACACUCCAAAGAGGUCAAACUUGAAGAAAAUUCAAAGGCUAAAGUUAAAGUGGAAAAGGAUGGAAAGGCCAAGAGUGAAAAUGAGAGUGAGAACCAUGAAAGUUCCAAAGGGCAGAUGCUUAAAUCAAAUGCAACCAGCAAGAGUAAACCUCCCAAGAUUAAACUACCUGACAGGUACAAAAAGUGUUGGUAUUAAAAGUAUUUUCUUUUUUAGGGACAAAGGUUGGCUACAUUUAAUAAAAGACAUCAUAGGUCAUAGCCUAAAAAAGCGGCCAACAUUUUGCGAUGCUGUCACUAGUUUACCCCCGCAAAAUGACGUCUUUGGAACGACUGCAGAAAUUCCAUGCUGAUGAUGAUCUUGGUAGUGCUUUUAAAUAGUCAUGCCAUGGGGGAAAUUAUUUCGCUUCAGUUAUCAGAAGCACUAACCAAAUCUGGGUAGUGAAACAUCAUCAGCACCUGGGCUGUGCUCUAAGAAGGGAUUCCAGUGCUCUGAAACUGUGAAAUCCAGGGUGCCCAACAUUAUGUUUUCUUUGAAAAAACUAAGAUUUUCUGGUUGUGAGGGAGCAAAAAUUAGGCAUCAGGGGCCAUUGGGCUCCGCUAGAGUACAGCCUUGUCAGUAUUGGAUUUCUGCAGUCAUUCCUCAGGCAUCAUUUCGCAGGAUAACCAGUUGUGGCAUCACAACAUGUUUUCUCAGGCUAAGGGGGUCAAAUGUGCAGGGGUUGAGAAAUUGAGUGAAAAGUCUGAAUGAAAUUUUUCUCUGCAAUUUGUAUAAUGUACAUUGUUGGAAAACAGCUUUACUGGAAAACAUCACGUAGACAGGGUAAACAUUUGGUUAACUUGCUGUCCGUCAUAGAUUUUGGUACUUUUCCAUCUAAUAACAUGACAGUUUUGAUGGUCAGGAUUAAUAUUUGGAUUAAUAUUUAUAUUUUUUUGAGAUGUUGCAGAUUUCUCUGUCGGCCUCAAUUCGAGCAAAACUUUUUGUGUGACUCUGCAUAUUACAUAUAUGAUAAUCAUCAGCCAGAAAAAUGUUUUGUCAGUCUAUCAGCAAUCAUUUUGAACUUGAAAAUGAUGUCAAGAUGACACUGAAAUGUUGUGCGUUUUUUAAUAUCCGUGUUAUUUUUUACUUGUUUCUUUAUACAGUACUGCUCAAAAGUAAGUUACCAGUCGCGUCUCGUUUCUUUAUCACUUUUAACAGCUAUAGUCUUAUUAAUUUUUCACAUGUCAAAUUUUCAAAAUGGUUAUGAUAACUAUUGUCAACAUAAUUAUGAACACCUGAAUGAUUCUUCCUCUUUUCCUUCAGCAGGAGUUUACCCACUGCUUCAGAAGAGGUGAGAAAUUUUGUCUAAGUCUCUUUCAUGAAUUCACACAUAAACUUUACAGUUUUAGGCCUGGUUUCAGAGAAUCAUGGGAAUGUGUUAAAUUUAUAAAAUACUGGACUAUUAUUGCUACAAAUCUCUUCCACAAUACCGUUAUGGAGCCAAUGAAAUGAGUUGUUGAGUGGUCGCAGAAAAUGAAUUACCCACAUGCUCCCCUUGGGAGAUGAGGUUGGGGUAGGGGGUGGGGCACUUAAAAGCUAAAAUUACGAAAGAAAAUUAUGGACCUAAACUGUAAUUUCCAGCAGGGUGGGGAGAGUUGCUGAUGCUACAGUGCUUUGUUUUUUAGAACAAAGAAUUUCUAGAAUUGAUAAUAAUAUUAUGGCCUUUUAAUAUGCUGUCAAUAGCAUUACCUAUCAGCAUUUUUUUAGUCAAAGCCCUUGUACACUGAUAAAGGCAGCCUUUAACAAAAAAGAAAAACAACAGGUUGUGUAUAUUGUUAUGAUAUAUUAGCUGCAAACACUCAGGGCCAGUUUAUGUACAUUACAACUUUUGUAUUUUUUCAUCUUAUAAUACAUUGAAACCUGUAUCAGGCAGACACUCAUCGGACAUUGGCUGGUGUCCACUUAAUAGAGGUGUCCGCUGAAUACAGAUUUGUUGGGAAGAGACAGGAGCAUACUCAGUUAUUUGUCCACUUAGUAUAGUGUCUGCAAAAUACGGGGUCUGCUACAUGUAAAUACAGGAUUACCUGUAACUACAUUAGAGCAUAUCACCUGUAUCUAGAUUGUUUUACUCUGGAAUGAUGCAGCUUUUCUUCAGUCAUUGUGUUAGUUUUAUAGAAAGACAUUGGUGAUGCGGUGUGUUAUGACUGCCACUUUUUGGACAUCGGAAUAGUUAUCGUUUCCUGAAAAUCUAUAACCAUAUCGAAUGAAGUGCAAUAUUUGCCCCUAAACAUUGAAUAAUUGCUGAAUAUUCAUGUAGCAACCCUGUGAUGUUGUUUUGUUGUUAAUUCUCUUGUGUUGUUGUUUUGCCAGUCCUUUUGUGUUUUCUUGUACGUAUUGUUUAUCUUCAAGACUCAAGUGUUUUUGUUAAAUUUGGUCUCUUUGUAUCAUACCUCUUAACUUGAUAAUAUACAUAUGGCCAUAAAGACCAGAUUACCGCAAAGUUGCGAGAAGUUCAUAGUGACUUAAACUAAGUUUUGGAGAUCAAUCAGUAUCUUGUUAAGCGUUAUUGUCAUAUCUUUAGAUAUCUUCAAAGCGUUUUUUUUUUCCUUUGUGGUUCACAUAGGUAGAAAACAGCUUUCAAAUAUUUUGUUUAGCAAAAGUGAUAACUUUGUUGAAUUUUUGCCAACUACUAAAGCUGUUGAACUUUAAAAUUAAUUGAAGUAUGUGAAAAAUCACAACUCUUGACUUGUAAAUUUUAUUUACUUCCUAAAAAAUAAUUAUUUUUAGAAAAAAGCUCGUACACUUAAAUGUAUGGUUAUUAUAAAAAUUUAAUAUUGUAUCUGUUGUAGGUUAAUUUGUUUCUUAGGUCAAUCUGUUUUUAACCUAGGUCAGUUUGUUUCAAGAAAACCUGAAAUUUGUAGCAUUGAAAAGUAUAUACUAACAGCUGUAUUGCAAAAGUUCUUCUAAGGAGUUUUCAGCUGAAUGCUCACAUCAGGAUUAUUAAGUCUGGAAAGUGAAAUAAACGUAGAAAUCUUAAGGAAAAGGAUUUUGCCAAACUUGUAAUACAUCAACGAGGCACCGUGAGUGGAGAAUGGCUUUUAUAGCAGCAGUUUGUCUUACACCAAUGUUAUUAUGUUUUACUAUGCUAGGAUUUCUAGGUCGGUUCCUGUGUGGGCAGCUGCUAUAUUUAACUAGUGAAUGAUUAUUUUUGGAUGGCAAACACCCUCGGAAGCUAAAGCUUAGAGGCCUGUUUAGAAUCAUUAAUCAACUUGACACAGCACACAAAUCAUAAGCUUUGUCUUUUCAAAUGUACAAUGCAGUAGAUUGUGCUCUUAAAGAACUUGCAUAAACUCAGAGAGAUCUCAUAUUGAUUGCAAUUGAUUUGGUUUGUUUUGGAUGAAAAUCUUCUAUACCUACAACACAUACAGCUGUAGCAGAUGCUAGCUGAAAAUUUAAUACUUGUUAUGUCUUGAACAUGAAGAGAUCUGAUCUGAUCUGUUGUAAACAUUCUCAUUUAUUUUUAAUUUAGCAGCAGCAUAUGAGUGUUUUUACAAUUUGUUUUAAUUCCCUUUAAUGACAAAAAUUUGUUUUUUUUUUUUUAUGUUCACUUGAUUUAUUGAGUAUUCUGAUUAGCAUAAUAAACAAGAUGAAAUGUUCUUAGCUCAUAUGAAAGUAUAGCAUUCAGCCAGCUGAAUGGAUCAGAACUCUAUUUUAAUUAAAGCAAAUCGUUGUUCUUUGUGAAAUUAAAUGUGUGCAAAAUGUUAGCUGAUGAUAAGAGUUCUUGAUUAGAGCUGAAAACUGAACUCAAUGAUAACAUUAAAUGUAGUUGCCUUUUCUUGCUCAUGACAAAUAUGUUGCUCUUCCUUAACUAAUCUUCGAAGGCAAUAGUCAUAUGCCUUACAACUUUAAAGCUUUUAACUUUUUCCUCACCAGUCAUGUGGCUUAAAAGUUACUGAAUUAAAAUGCUGAAUUUUCACGUAAAAGUCUAAAAAGACCACUGGGUGAUUGACCAAAGGAGUCUGUGUAUAUUUUAAGAAGGGAGGUUUGCCUCAAAUACACAAAGAAGAUUUGUUACAAGAACCAACUGGAACAGCACUUUUAUUGCUUCAAUCAUCCUUUGUUUUUUUUGUAGCUUUCAGAGAAUCAAGCUCAUUGCUAAACUUUGAAGUCAAAACACGAAAAUGCUUCAUUUAAAUUUUUUUUUUUUGCCUUCAAGAUAUAAUUUUGCAAUCCAUCCAUUAUCAGUGCUACCAAGAUACUCUACAAUAUUGACAGCACUCUAACCAAUAGCAAUUCUGUUGUCAUUUUAGUCUCAGAGACAGGUGUAGAGCAUAACCUAUCAAGUAAAUAAUUACACAAAACUUUACAUUACCAUGCCACUUUCAUCAGUGAAUGCAAUACCCUGUGUUUUCUGAAAAGGUUUUUAAUUUUUACAUUGUGGAUUCAUUUUUUAUAGAAAGAAGGGUAUCCUUUAUCCUUUUUAGCUGUUCUAACAACUGUCUGGUAUUGUGGUUAGAUAUUUUUAAGCCUAAAAGUUAUUUCUUCGUAGAAGAAAACUAAGUACUCGAGAAAAAGGGCAGCUGUUUUAGUGAAUAAGAGAUAACUAGGACAGGAAUCUGAGUUUUUAAAUUUCCUGUGAUUCAGUUACUGUUUAAAAACUGUCAAAUGUACUUCCUUUUUUCAUUGAUAUCUCUCUUUGAAAGAUUUUAAUUGGAAAAUCUAGCCCUUGCUGGGUGACUAUCAUAAAGUAAGGGCCACGUUUUCCUGUGGUUUAUCAGUAUAUGACCACAUUUGGUUAUAUCUAAGUUAGUUACUCGAUGAUUUUACUUUUAAUUCUUUAGUAACUCAUUUUGUUCACUCCCUUUCAGCAAGAAAAUCAUUCUGUGAAUGAACCUGCCAACGUGGAAAAGAUUAUAGCGGUAAUAAUAUCCUUACUGUCAUUUUUGGUACAGUGCCAAACAGUUUCCCUAGCUCUAUUAGAGAGACAACAACAUUGAAAACUGUUUGAAAACUGUCUUGGUUAGUUUUGUCCCCAGACUUGCAUUUUAGAGACAAACUUAAAGAUUUUUAUGAUUAAUAUUGUGUACAAUAGGUAGCUUUGCCCUUUUAGUUGCGGAUCAAGUUUUGUUGAUUGUAAUCCUUCUAAUGGGGGAGUUGAAAAUUUGUAGUUUGGUUGUGAGUAAAUGCUGAUUUGCAUUUUUGUGCCUUGCAAUUAAUGGCAUAGAGGUCAAUUACAGGGUAUUGCCAAGCGGGAAAUCAGUUUAUUUUUAUGAAGUUUUCCAUUUAUUGUAAUAGGGAAAGGCAAAGCAGUCUCACCCCAUUACCAAUAUGAGUUGUUCCAUAGUGUGAAAAUUACAUUUUUGACAUUCUGUAGUCCUUUAAUGUGAGUGUUUUUUACAGAAUGAGGAAGAAGAGACCAGCUGUGGUUCUCACUUUUGAGUUUGUCAAAGAGAUCCUAUGGCAUGGUGUUACAGUCUAUAAUUUGUUUGUUUGUUUUCUAUUUUAAAAAAAUAGAAAACGUUUUUUUGUCUUCACAUAACCUGAUAUAAACACAACAGGGUGUUGGCAGAAUUCGAGACAGUUAUGCAAACCUCAUACUUAGUUUAGGGUACGCAAAACUUUUCAAGAUAUUGUCCCAACCCUUCGAGUGUUUAUAUCACGCCAUGCAAGCACAGAAAAAUGUUUUCUAUUCCUUUUUAUAAAAUAACUUUCCCUAGAAAAAGAAGAAAAACUCUUUGUUUGUGGCAAAUGAAAGGGAAAUCGUUAGUAGUCAUUUAUAUCCUUGUACAAAAAAUUUUGCCAGUUCUUGUUUGGCAAAAGAGAGGCUUUUAUUUUCACUUAAAAUGCCGACUGAUGCUAAAAACUUCCAUACAGCAUGUUUGUACAGAUUUUUCAAGUCUCAAACCUCAAAGUUAUGGUUGAAUAGAGUAUCUUGUUGAGUUUUUAGCUCAAAACUUCGUUCAAAAUUGUGGUUUCCUAAUCAGUGCCUGCACAGAAAAACAUGUUGAUGCUACAAUUUCGUUUACAUAAACUCAUGCAAACACACUCGAAGGGUAAUAAGAGCAUAAGUAAUGUUGUAGUUAUUGUAUGAAAAAUAACAUAAGUAUUUUUUUCCUUUCUAAAGGAGAUGCAACAGGUUGCCCCACCGCUAACAGGAAUUCACACACCGAACAAGGCAGGAAAUUCAGUCUUUGCAUUUGGACACCGAAAUAUCACCCAUGAGAGCUCUGUACCACUGAUUGGAACAUCAAAGAGAAAACCUAGCGGUAUGAGAUCUUAAAGUACAGUUCUAUUUUAUUCAAAGGGGUUGUGUCAUGUCUGUCUAGUUGAUUUUGUUAAUAUUGUCAAUUACACUUCCUUAGUUCUAUGCAUGGGACUUAACAUCGGCAAAGAAAUUACUUGUAAAUAACAAAUAACAAAUUAAUAAUAAAAUUUAUGUCUUCUCAAACAUUAUAUCAAAUGCCAUGAACAACAAAAAUGAAAUUUGAAAAACUGUUAGACCAACAAGUUUGCAAAACUCACAAUUACUGCAAUCUGUUUUCUUCUUCGAGUUUGUCUGUCUGUUUAUGUGUAUUUGACUUGUUCUUUGUGCUCCUUUGAUGGGAAAAUAGGUGCGAGUUAAGACUCUUUUUAACAGUCUGCAGUUUGAAUUGAAAAGAUCAAAAUAGAAAUAAUUUAAUGUCCAAAUUAAUUAGAAUGCUAAGGAUGCCCUUGCGAAAUGGAAUUGAGAAUUCCUAGGAAUUCCUAGGAUUUUCCUAAGAAUUCCUAAGAAUUUAUUCUUAGGAAUUCUUAGGAAUUCUUAAGAAUUCCUAGGAAUCAAGGUGUGAAAUUUCACGGUAAUUUGAACAUGGAAUUCCUAAGAAUUCCUAGGAAUUCCAAGCUUUGCUCACCCAUCAGUUGGCUUGGAAAAUAUUCCUAGGAAUUCUUAGGAAUUCCUAGGAAUUGAAAGAAUAUAAACAGAAUGAUUACUUCUUAGGAAUUCCUAGGAAUUUCCUAGGAAUUCCUAGGAAUUCCUUGGAAUAGCUUGGAAUAGCUAGGUCAAUAGGGAUGUAACAAAUCGACCUGCUGCCGGAAUUAAGGGAUAUUCGAAUCAAAAACUGAUUUGCAUUUAAACCCUUAUGUUAAGGAAGUUAAUACUAGAAGUUGCUAUUUUGCUCUCCGAACCAGAAACCCAUAAGGCAAAUGUACAAAAACUGAAGCAAUGUUUAUUCCAGCAAUAACUGAAAAAUAGCUCUCCAUGUUAACAAAAAAUACUUCUUCUGCUUUAACUUGACUUAAAAAUUUCACUGCACUGAUCGUUUAAAUGUUCCAAAAACUACAACAGUGACCUCAAAAAAAUCAAAUUUAAGACAAUGACUUUUUGUGAAGUAGGAAUCAAAUAAUUCAGUAUAAUGACUGUAGUCCUUAUAUGUAUAUGUAAUAGCAUGAUUAGUAGUGAUAUUUGGCAUAAAUACCACGAGUGAUAUUUUGAAAUUGUUAUACGUAAUUUCACGAGCCAUUAGGCGAGUGAAAUUUGAGACAAUUUUGAAAUAUCACGAGUGGUGUUUAUGCCAAAUAUCACAACAAAUCAUGCUAUUAGUUGUUUAUACUACUACCCGUAAAAGGUUUGUAAUUUUCACAUGUAGGUAUUUCAAAUUAAGCUGAAAUACCACUUCUCUCAGCCAAUCAAAUUGUAGAAAUUUCUCAUGUAGUAGUAUAAACAUAUGAAUAAACUUAGAUGUAGAUAUACUUACACAUAGAUAUACAUGUAGUGUAAAGUAAACUAUCGCUAUAGUCAUGAUUGAAAAAAAAAAUGUAAAACAUAACCUGUUCAGGUGGAAUCUCUAGAUAGUGAGAUAAUGUAAAGUAACAUAUACCUAGUCAUGAUUGAAAAAAAAAUAUAAAAACAUACCCUGUUAGUGGAAUCUAGAGAUAGUGUUUGUUUUUAAUCCAAAUGACAACAUCAGCUGAACAUUCUCUUUUUUGUAAUUUAUUUUACCCAACAUACACAUCACGACAUUCCACACACAUGCAUAUAAAUAAACAUCUUCGAAUAAUUAAUAAAGUGCAUGAAUAUGAAAAAAAGCUAAAUGACUGCUUUUUCCAAUGUCGCCAAUGCAGCCUUCUGAACUGAAGGUCCACACAUCAGGCAAGUGCUAGUGCUAGUUGUUUUUUACCUUAAUAUUGCGGCGAUUAUUAAGAUUACAUGUACCAGAAGCAUUUAAUAUAAAACCUUAUGCAACCUAUACUAUGAAUUAAAGUUCAAAUGAACAAACCUACCGGCUGUAUUCUAAUAUUUUAUAUGUAAGUUCAAGUCUCAAGUCCUUAUAAAUUAACUGGAAAUUUCAUUGCUUCUAACUUGUAUAAGUAGCCAUUGGAAACUUAUACUUAUUAUGCUAUUUCUUCUCCUAUUUUAUCUAACAUUGGUCUUGACAAGUCGGCUAUAACCUUGUAGCGCCAGAACAUACAGUUUUCAGAGUAUUCCACUGACUAUUUGCAACAAAGAGUUCAGUUCUUUCGAUCUGCAGUAAACAAAAAGCAGCAAAAAGGGAUCUGAUCAAUGGCAUAUCUUCGCAUGCAUCUUUCAACUUUGUAAGCUUAUUUACGCAAAGUUAUUAGAAAACAUACCUUUCCACAUUAAUCCAGCUGAGUAAACCCACUUGCAAACAUGCUUUAUGUGAACACAAACUUCGCAAUUGAUCAAUUUGUCUCGAAAAUAACAUGGAUAAUAGAAAGACAGUCUUACGAAAAUACUUUGUUGCUUGUGAAGUCCGCGUGAAUUUGAACUAUUCAACGGAAGUUCAUUUGGCACUUUUCCAUUGGUUCAAAAGUGGCACGUGACAAAGUAAAUCAAAUCGCGCAUGUGGCAAAGGCACGUGUGGAAGCCUGGGAAACAAGAAAACAUGGCGGCUAAUCUUGCGAGGUCCAUCUUGCGAAGUGCUCCCGUUUGGGUCGAAAUAGCAGUUAUUUUCAACGUUAAUUAAGAUGAAGCAACGCAUUUGAAGUGUUAAAAGCAAGAAGUAAACUUAACGUUGUUCUUUUAAGUUGGGAAAGAAAAUGUUGGACCACAUUAUCAAUCAAAGAACUGCGACGAAAAACGUGUUGUUCCGGGCUUGGCCGGGCUUGCCAUGCUUUUGACUGCACUCCUGAUGCAAGGGUUGAAGGGAAUCAAGACAGCCCAUGUCUUGUGCGUUUGCCUAUUUUCCGUGGAGUAUGUGGAUAAACAACGUACAUUUCAGACUGGAAAUGCACUUCAUAUUUUUAAAAACGAGACUUCUCAUUUCAGACAACAUUUUGCACUGAAAGUGUACUGGACAUGUAACAGCUUUAAAUAUUUAUUGCUGUAAUAAUGUAAUUUAGAUACGUUAAAUUGUUAUCUUAAUUUAAAUACUGGUUGGAGGUUUGUGAACAGCAUUCGCCACAUGUCAGCAUUACUAGAUUUAAGGUAACAUUGCGUUGAAUAUAAGAAUGUAAGUAUAGAAGUAUACAUUACCAGUAUGUUCUGUAUUAUAAGUUUAGAAUUGUUUCAGUGCAAUCACUUAAAAUUAAAAUGUGAAAAAAUAAGAAAAGACUACAAAAUCUUCUACAAUUUUUAAAGUCUUUCUGAUUUUUAAACAUCCCUGAGCUGAAUUCCUAAUUUGCAUAACUUAGAAUUCCUAGGAAUUCCCAGGAAUUCCAAGCCCAGUUGGCCUGAAUUUUUCUAUUCCCAGAAAUUCUCAACAAUUCUUAAGCUUCUAAAAUUGUAAAACUUAGAAUUCCUAGGAAUUCCUAGGAAUUCCAAGCCUAGAGUGAGACCUAAUUUGCCAUUCCCAAAAAUUCUCAAGAAUUCCAAGCUUAUUUGAUGAAGGCUGAUUUGCAUAGUUGGGAAUUUUUGGGAAUUCCUAGGAAUUCUCAAGAAUUCCUAGGAAUUCCCAGAAAGCUGGGAAUUCAUUUCGCAAGGGUGAAAACCUACUUUUUUUGAAGUUUUACCUACUUAAUGAUUUUACAGAAGAAACUUUGAGUUAUUAUAAUUCAUCAUGUUGAUUCCUUUCUAAUUAAACAGAAAGCACAGAAGUUAAGAAAGAAAAUAGAAAUGGAGAAGUGCUAUUAACUGAUGACUUAAUGCUGACUGAUGAAAGCGAUGAUGAGCAUGUAAGCCUUGUUAUCAUUGUUAAUAGCCAUAAAUGUAAAUGUUGAGUCGGCUUUUGAAAGGGCGUGGCUAGAUGCCUAAGGAUGAGCAAUCGGUGGCAAAAUUAGUUGAGACGCUUUACCUCAAAGGGCAUUUCUGAUGUUUUAUGGACUUCAAAAGGGGUAAGGGGAAAGUAAAGCUUUCCAUCCUCCAUCCCCUCCAUACAAUGUUGUGCCGCUAUUCCAGCUACCAACAGAAGACAACAAAGACCCCAACUGUGGAUGGAGUGGUGUGGGGAGGGAUGGCGAUUUUUGUUUCUCUGAAGUUACCCUAUUUGAGUUCAAUGUCUCAACAAUUAUUUUGUCGCUGAUUGAGGAUAUUAAAUUAACUGAAAGGGCUUACAUAAUUUUCUGGGCUUCAAUCAGUGGGGAAACUCUAUUAUAUUAGCUCAACACACACGUGCUGAAUAACGCAAUCCCCUCCUUUACCCCCAUCCUCUGCCUCCUGCUUCACAAGCAUAACUCUGAAGAAUAAUUUCUGACUUAACAGAGUGCUAAACUGGCACCAAUGUAAUUUAUGUAAGAUUUAUGUAGAAGGAUUCCUUAGAGCCUUUAAUUGAUCAUUAUCCCCUUGUUGUUGAUCUGCCUAUCAUCAACAAAUUAGCCUUCAUUUAUCUUUUUUCUAUCUCUCUCUCUCUUCUAGGAACAUCAACCAAGCUCAGCAUCCAAGACCAACAUGUGAGCAUUUAAUUUCUCAUCAAUUUUUAUCGUGAGAAGGUUUUUUUGGUUGGCAAUUUUGGUGUUGUACCUGCUGAGGUGUUUCUCAGUGAAACUGAAAAUAAUUUAUGAAAACAUGCUUUGGUGUUUCAUUAGGAUCUCUCGCCAUCGUUCACAUUCAACAUCUUCAAGUGGAAGUAGCAGUGAAGACAGUGAUACAGACAGUAGUGACAGUGAUAGUGAUUCCAGUGGCUCUGACACAAAUAACAAUACAAAAGACAAGAAGUCCAUCAAAUCACCCUUGAAAAGCCCUUCUUCAUCUCCAAAGGUAGGAGUGUUACUUGGUGAGAACUGUAAAAUUAAAUCACAGCUACAAAGUAUCGUAGGCUGCCAUCUGAGUAUCAAGAUUGAAAGCCGUUUGUGGCCACAUGUUCUUGAAAGUCGUAUUUUUCAAGAAAAACUUCUACAGUAAAAUAAGCAAAUAAGAGCAUUUUCCAUCAGGGUUUCCAGAGCUUUUUUAUUAACUGUUUGUUAUGCUUGGCUUUAUCUCUCUUGGUCAACACUUGAAAAAAUAUUCAUUUCAUGUAAUGUGAGAAGUCCAUAUUUAAGUUCGGGGAAAAUCUGAUAGGCGAGUUGAGAACAUGCAGAUUCAUAAGUAGGUGGUGUAUAAUUAGGGAGCUUAAACAACCACGACGGCAGUGGCUAUGAAAUCGUCACAUAAAAAGUGAAGUUGUGCUGCUUGAAACUUUAGGGCGCUUAUUCCAUCUCAUUUAAUUCGUCAAAUGCUGGCAAAUUUUUUUGGAGUUGAAUUCUAAAGGACUGUAUCAAAGUUCAGGAAAAUAUUGAAGUAUUUUUUGCUAAUUAAAAAUUGGUUUGUCCCACGGUUGAGUCAUGUCGAAGAUUUAUAUGUCUGAACUAAUCAACGGACAUGACACACCUCACUUUGACUCUAAAGAUGACUACUGCACAGGUUGCUGAAACAUCAGUCACUGUCAACAUCAGGCCCAGGUUGUUUAAACGCUGGAUAGCGCUAUCCACCAGAUAAAUCACAAUCCAGCAGAUAAGUGUUUGGGAAACCAAUUGCACUUUUCAGUGGAUAGAGAUUUAUCCAGUGGAUAGGGUUAUCUACCUUUUGAACAACUGCACUAGCACAGUGUGCCAAAACCUAUGUCAGAUUGAAAUUGAAAAACUGAGAGGCGAACAAGUUUCAAAAACAAACAAGUUCAAUCUGUUUUAAUCUUCUUCAAAUUUGUCCAUCCAUGCAUACUUUUGUAUUUGCAGUGUAAUUAAUAUGUUCUUUUAUCUUUUGAGCGAUGAUUUUUUUGUUUCCCUCAAUUUAGUGACAGUUCAUACUGUUAGAAUUUUGAUAAAAUUCGUGGUGCUGCUCCUUUUGCUUAUUAAUGAGGGUUGUUUUUUUUCUUUUAGCCUGCCAGUGGAAGGAACUGGGAUUUAAAUCACUUUGUAAAAGCACUAAAUCAGCCGUCAACACCACCUGCUACAAAGACAAAACCAAGCCCAUCACCAGCUAACACAGUAGGAGAAGAUGGAAUUCGCGGCAAUCAGAUUGCACCAGCUGCUAACUCGAACAAAAGCUCCCUUAAUUCGCAUUUUAAUGGUCACACCAGUGCAGCUAGUAAACCGAUAAAAAGCCCUGUGGCUCCAGUUUCUGACAGUCUAGGGUUUGCUGCUGAGCUUCUCAGUAACAGUCCUGAAUUGGAUCAAGGUAUCGAUAUUGAGUCUUUGACGGCAAAACUGGACCUUCCGAAUGAAGCUGAAGCAACUGAGACCCCUAGUGAACCUGUUAGUAAUGAUCCGGGUUUGACAGUCAAAAUUCCACUUCCAAAGGCAAGUAAAAAAGGUGAUAAAAAGUCAUCUGGUCCAGGGACCAAGCAGAAUUCUAGUCAGGAGAAGAUCCAAAGCAACAAGACGCCCUCACCUAAGAAGCAAGUUAAGAUUAGUGGGAAGGAAACAAAGACUCCAAAAAAUUCUACAAGUACCAAAGUUAGUGAUGGCAUUGAUAAAAACAAAGUCAGUAAAAUGGCAAAGGGGGUAAAAGUUGGAAUAAAAUCUUCAACGAAAAAGAAGGCGGAGACAAAGAACUCAGUUACUCCUGUUCCGAAACAAGAACUUCCUGUUCCCAAACAAGAACUUAAAUCAAAUUGCGAAGGGGACGAGGAAGAUGUUAUCGUUGACAUUCUUGGUGUAGAGAAUAGUCCAGUAAAAACUGAUAGCAAACCUGCUUCAGCUGCAAAGACAAAGGAAACUGAGAAACCUAAAAAAUCAAAAAGCAAGCCAGUAAAUGUAAAUGGAGUGCAUAAGCCUGUUAAUGGAGUGAAAGUUUUUUCUACAUUGAUAUCUCCAAGCAGAACUAAGGACAUACUGGGUAAGAAUGUUGAAAUUGCCUAUGACGAUGUGAACAAGCCAGAGUCUCUUAUAGUAAAAAUUGACUUGUCACUGUUAAAACGGAUACCUAGACUUCCUGGGAAUGAACCUAUCAAGCAAGAGCCCACAUUAUCUCUUGUGGAGGAGACAAAUGGUAUUAAGGAUGCUAUCCGCUCCCCAGAGGUCAAGAUUCCUAAACGGAAAUCGUUCGAUGCAACAACAGAACGCGACACUCUUAAAAAGAUGAAGAGUGAAAGUGAAGCUGAUUCUAGCCAGUGAGUAUAAUAUUUACCAGUAAUCAUAUUUAAGCAAACCAUUUUGGAAGGCAUCAACUCUUUAUAAAGGAAAUUUCAGUUUUGCAGAAGUGAGAGAAGGACCUUUUGAAAGGUUAAAGGAAGGCUUUUUUACACACUGCAUCUUCUGCCUAUAUGCUGAUUUGUGCAUACAUGUAGGAUAUAGAAUGCGUAACUACUUCCUUUUCCAGCCUUUUUGUUUGUUUGCUUUUUUCCUCAGAGUCAAAUGUUCAGAAUACUAAAAGUUUGCUGCCAGGGGUACACUUCUUCCUUGUCCUUGGCUUUUGCAAGUGUAGUUUUACCUAACAAUGUAUUAUCUUUCCUCUCAAGGACAAAACCUCGCGAGACGUCAUUCAGCAACAGUAGCCUGAGCAGUUGCCAUAACAAAGGCAGUCAUCGGAAACGGAGUCCAAGUCAUGAAGAGGAUUGUUAUCGCAUUAAGCGUCAGAGACAUGACAGUGAAAGCAAUAAAAUGUCUGGGAAUUUUAUGGAAAGUCAUCAGAAUGGCACAUUGUCAGAAAAUGGGGUUGAUGCCACAGACAGUAGUUUAAAGCCCCAGGAGUGUUCAUGUAAUGCAAGAAGCAACAUUGACAAGAGAGAAGCAGAUAUUGCAAGAUUGUAUGAUCCAGAACCUAGAGUGUAAGUUGUACCAAAGAGUUACUUGCUAUUGUGGCCUGGAGUCAAUUUAAUAAAACUUUUACAGGUUUUAAUUUACAAGCGUAGCUAUUGUUCCCAGACUCUAAAACAAAUUAUACUUGAAAACGUGUCAUUAAAUCGACCCCUGGUUAAGGUUGUAAGUGGAUGUGUUAAUGUACUGUUGUAUUUUUUGUUCAGGCCUUACGGACCAGAUCACUACCUUGCAGAAGCCAAGGGACGCAAGCACAAAGCAGAUUCUAUGGUAUGCAUUUCAUACAUAGCAGGGUUGUCAAAAGUAGCCAGCUGGCGAAAAUCACUUCUUACUUGGUUGGUAUCGGCCAGCUACUCUGCUUAGCAUUUCUUUACAGAUGGCAUUUUUUGAAUAAAAUAUUCCUGGACUGGACUCUUACUUUGACAACUCAGCCGUCUACUUCAAAACGUUCUCUAACAACCGUGACAUAAUCUUCAUGAUCAGGGCCAUACACUAGCAGUACCCAGUGACCCCUGGUUCCAGUAAUUGUUGGCUUUUGGGCAGCUAGGAAAUCUUACGUUUUUUUGAUAGAAAUCAUGUUAGGCAUGGUGGCUUUUACAUGUUCAGGGUACUGGGCCCCCUUCAAUUUUUCUUAGAUUACAGCCUUGAAUUGAUUAUAAUGAUUUGUAGACUGCUGUAACGUAAUAUUUGUUUCUGAUAGUUGACUAUAAUCGCACUCACAUGUUCCUCUUUUUUUUUCAUCUGCAGAGUGAUAAGGAAGUAAAAGCAUUCUUUUAUAUUGACGCAGUGAUGUUCUUUGCUCGUUGUGGAAAAGCUAUUGAGGUUAGUUCAAUCUCUUUUUUGUGGGCAGUUUAACAUAGAAAAAGAAAACAUCCACCGAGAAGAGGCUCAUCAGCAGAGAGCAUCAGUACUUGUCAUCAUCAGCACUGAAAUAAAUAAGCUAAAGUUCCUUGAGUAACCAACAUCAAUUUUCUCCCAGCAAUAAUUAUUCAUUUUAAAGGGAGAAGGUUAUGAGAAUAAGUGGGGAAAUUCUUUUAUCAUAUAUCAGAUUCCCUCCACUAAUUCUUUAACGAAGUGUAUGAAAAUCAGUGUCUAGAAUUUGUGUGUGAAUAUUGGAGUGUAAAGGGUGCUUGCUUUCCUCUGUGUUACCAAUAUGAUAAGUUCCUUGGUCACUUUUGCAUAUUAAAAUGAUGUAGCAGCUUGCUUUCUUAAUAUGGGUGCUCUCCUAAAGGUCAAGGAUGGGCAGGUUGCUACUAGUUUCAGAUGCUUACAGACAUCAGAGGCAACAACCCACCACUUUUAUUUUAGCCAUGUGAUUGAUUGUUCAUGACUAAUUGUUGGUGUUGUAAUAUUUAUUUAUCUUUUCCCUUCAGCAAAAUGAAGAAGAAUCUCGGUCUGCAUUUCAAAUGUACUCUGAAACGCUUGACCUUCUCAGGUAAGUGCUGUUAUGGUGGGUUUUAGUGGGCAUCCAGGUCAGUUUGUUCCAUUACACUCUCUGGUGGAGAAAGUGUUUUCCCAGGUUCCUUCAUUCCUCUUGAAAGGCCUCACAGAAAGUGAGAACAGUUAGUAAUGUUAUUGUAAAGAAAAUUUUUCCCGCCUAUGACAAUAUCUUCUCUUUCCAUUGUCCUGUAAUUCACAGAAUGAGUACUCAGCAGUGAAAUACAUAUGAUCCUAUUGGUUAUUUUGUGAAACGCAAAAUUAAUUUUUAAUUUAAAUUUAUUUCAAGCUCAUUUGAGGCGUGGGGGGGAGGGGGACUUGAUAGAGAUGGGGUGCUUAUUUGAGAAAGGGGGGGGGCUUAUUUGAUUAAUAAAAGACCAUGGUAUCAGUUGUCCAUUAAAAAAACUAGAAUACAAAGUGGAAAAGGUUGAAGAUCAUGCAGCUGAGGAUCAGAAUCAAAUCCAAAAUUCCAGUUGUAAAUAAACCAUCCCGGAUCAGCCCACGCAAAGUUUUUCAGUUGUGAUUGAUUAAUAAAGUCUGUUAUUUAUUAGUGAAGAAUGAUUAGGGAAGGGGUGGGGGGCUUAAUAGAGAGGGGGCUUAUUAACGCUCUUCCCCUGAAGAACUUAUUGGAGCUUAUUAGAGUGAGAGGGCUUGUUUGAGAGGUGGGGGGGGGUUUGGCUUAAUAGAGGAUUAACAGUAGUUUCUGUCAUGCUUCACAGCCAACCUGUUUAUCAAUUUGCAUUCUUAAAUUCCUUUCAUUGUUAUUAGUUUUGCUUGCCCUUUAAAGGCAAGCAGAAAAGUAUCAAAAUCACAAAUCUCAUCACUUUAUUUCAGCUCUUUUUUCUAACACCUGCCUUUAUUUACAUCUUAGGUACACAAUGCGGAAUUUCGUGAAUAGAUAUACUCAUCGAUCUCAUAACGUUCCAGAUAAAAGACUUUCUGCUUUAUGGUGAGGAUUUAAUAACUUCUUACCAUCACUUCUGAUUAGGAUCUGUUAUUAGAGCUCUAUUCUUGUAAUUUUUAUUGUUUUAGUCCUAUUCAGGCUCCAAUUGUUCAAAAGGUGGAUAACGCUAAUCACUGGAUAAAUUUCUAUCCACUGAAUAAUGCAGUUAAUUUCCCUAAUACAUUUUCAUUGGACAGUGAUUCAUCAUUUAAAGCACGAUCCAACAUCUGAACAACCAGGGCCAGGACUUCACUCAGCCAGACGACUAUAUUCCACCUACUUACGAAAAAAAUAUGCUUAUAGUUAAUAUCUGUACUAGAAUUAUUGGUCAAAAAGUAAUGUUUCGCAUACAGCUGCAGGGGAAUCAUGUAAUGUUAAUGAUUAUUUUGUUGCUUUCUCUUCCUUUAAAAGCAUGCGAAUUCAGUCGAUCCUAUACAUGAGACUUUACAAGCUGAGGAAAGACAGUAUAAUGCGAAACAUUAAGGUAAGUUAAAUCAAGUUUGGGUACAUUUAUAAACAUUGUACUUUUUGUCCAGGCUAGUCCUAGUGACACCUCGCCUUCCCUGCAUGGCGCUAUAGGUAGCCUUUACACUAAAGCCUAAAUAAGCUUAGAAGUAUUUCAAGACCUGUAAAUUUUAAAUUCUUCAAGUAAAAUAUAGCUUCACUACCCUGUCCCAGAGGUUUUUCUUGAAAUUUUUCUUCUCUUUCCUCGCGGCUCGCUCUUUCUCUUUUGGCGAAGAAAAAUUUAAAGAAAAACCUCUGGGACCAGGGUAAAGUUUCACACACAAUUAAUCCUUUUUACUUCAGACAAACUUAAAGUUAUUUUCCUAUGCAAUAUAGUUAAGAUUGAUUGACAUGCUUCACCUUUUCAAAGCUCAAGAAACCGCAAGUUCACAAAAUCGGUUUAAGGGUGGUUUUCAAGUCACUUGAAACUUUUCUUGAAUCGUUUCAACUUUCCGACUUUAAGGAGAUGCAAAGUACAAUAACUUGAAAUUUUACUUAGGCCUUCACACCCGUAUCUUUGGAUACGUAAAACUUAGCCGCUCAUAAGUCUUGCGUAACAGCCAAGUGCAAAGACUACCAUAGUCUGGCAGAUAAGCAGGUGCCCCGCCACUUGGGUUGGAACAAAAUAAUCUACUUUUUUGCUUCUGUUCUCUCAUUAUAAAUUGAGUAUGGAAUAUUUUAAACCAUUAGACUUUUAUUAUCAAAGUCUCUUUAGCAUUAAGAAUGAAUAAGCAAAAAUAACCUCUGUUUGGUUACCAUAUUGGCAAACUAUGUAGGAUGACAUCAAAGCCUCGUAUUUUCUCUUGUUUUGUCUUCAAAUGUAAACGCCAAAUUUAGAAUUUGUCUUUUUCCUUCAGUCAAGGUUUUUGUGUUCAUAAUAUUUCUUUUAUUAACUUACCCUGCUUCAAAAGUAGUAGAAACUAAUAUACACUAUAUGUUUGACUCAACAGAUGGUCACAGAACAUUUUAGGGUAAGUAUAUUUCACAUACAAAUUGAAUUUCUUCUUUCACUCGUUUUUGUGUUUGUUUUUUCGAAGUACGCCCACUCACUCACCUUCAAAGAAUAGUGAACAUCAUCUGCCUCUCCUUGUGAUAUUUCACUAAAACAAGUUUGUUCUUGUAUUUUAGGGUCCUCCAAAGAGCACACAAGCCCCAAGUCCGUACACUUCAAACACAAAGUAAGUAAACUGUAGUAUUGGUAUGACACUGAGUGAAGAGGCAUUAACAAACUUCAGCACUGCGUUGGACGCUGGUUUUAGGUGUUUUGUCUAUUGUAUACGGAUUCUAUUAGUAGUGAAUCACAUUCAUUACAACAUUAUAAAACUGAGUCUGAUUUGUAAUGUCCGUGUUCUUAUGUGACAACAGAAAAACCUUGUAAUGUUAACAUUACUUUGCAAGUGAAUACCCAGCCUUUUCCAGCUUUCAGUUACGCUGGACGAGGGAAAAGAAAACGUGAACAAAAAACGAGCAAGGACUGAGACAGGGCCCUCUUUUCCUCCUCUCUCCUUUCCCCCCCGUCUUUGUUUUGUUUUUGCUGCACUUGUAUUUGUUUUCACUCAUUCUGACCAAUUGAGAGCCGGGAGAAUAGGUUUGAGUCAGAAGCCAUUCUCCUUGUGGACACACCUGAUACCUUCCCUUAGCGGACAUCUACAGUUAUCUCCUGCCGUUCCGUGGAUUUUUUUUUUUUGACUCUAUAAGAAGGACACCUUUCGUAGACAGGCACUUAGAGCCAUUCCCGACAUUAUCUGCCUUAAAGAAGUUGAGUGUACAGUUGGGAACAGCCAAACCAUGCGUGGACACAAGUUUUUAACGAAGAAUACUGUUGUCUUUUCUUUUUUUAGGAUUACUGGCACCCCGUCUCCUCUUUCCCCCACACCAUCCCCGUCAGGAAGUGUUGGCAGCGUAGGGAGCAAUGGCAGCAAUGAAGCGAUGACCACACCCUCAAGGAAUGGCAAACCCUCAUCUACCUCCAGUGCCAUGACGUCUCCUGUGAAUGUAUGUAUACCACAGAAGAUUCAUGCCAUGACUCAACAGCAUGUGUUAACAGCAAACAACCUACUGUACAGUCAAGACACCUGGGAUCAGUCGCAGCCAAUCGUCCUUGAAUUCAGAGGUAAGAUGAUGAACUUUGUUUUGAAAAUUCGGUACGAUAGAGCGUUUUCACUCACAUGGUCAGCAGUUGUGCAAAUUUAUUGGAACCAAAGAAACGUGUUCCCUAAGAAAAAGGAUCCUAGUUUGGAACAUCAACAUGGCCGCCGCUUUAUUGUAUUGGUACAUCAAUACGGCGAACGUGACGUCAUGUGCGGUGGAAAUGGUGUAUAGUGCAAGUGGUCUAUCAAGUGAGGUUAUGCCUUGAAGGGUGUCUUACGUGCAAGUUAUAUAGCACGUUCCAGUUAAACUGCAGCCGGAUACCUAAUAUAAAGUUAAAGUUUAUUGAACUGGCCCCCAGGGAUAACACGGCAAUGCAGUGGCGUAGGGGUUGGCAUGUCUCAGUUUCUGAGCAAAGGUUUGCUGUUUUUUAAUAUUUUUGUCUCUCUUCUGCUAUGUUAAAAUGUGAAACCCAUUUAUCUCAGAAAUUCAUGUUACUGACUAAUUUAUGAAGAUGAAACAGUGUGUCUCUGGAAAAUCUGUCAAACUACGCUGAACCCCAAAUAUGACAAAUCCUUGUAUAAGGAAACUCAUAAAUAACGGUCUGUUCUCCUAGUCAUGGUAAAAUGAUGGAACAGUAACUUGAUAUUCCACACUGUACCGGAUUGUUAAGAAUACCUGUUGUUUCCUUGGCAGAUUUCUUUAUGGAUUUGGAUCGGACUUGUGGCCCACUAACACUUCACAGGUAAUUCCGAAACCUCUUUUAAAAUACCAGUUUUAGAAUUCCCAGUUGCCAAGGAGAAGGGGGGGGGGGGAGGGUGAGUUAUAUUCCGCAACUGCAGAGGAUCCCGACACGCAGCCACCUUGUUUUAAAAACCACUUUGAUUUGUCCAGACGAAUUCUCAAUCGAUUAUGCGGAAAGAAAACUCCGUUAACGCGAAUACAUGUAGCGGCUACAUGUAUUCCCCUCUAAAUUGUCCUUUUUAAUAUGACCCACUGAAACCAAAUGGCCCACAAGUGACAUCGUAGAGGGCCUUUCACUGUAUUGUAAUCGUAGAAACUUACUCACUUUAUAUGUUUGGGCCUGUACAUAACAGCGGCCAGUCAAAUAGUUUGUCAACUCUUCUGUUGGAAUUAUACAACGUUGAAAGUAAUUUGUGUGCACGUAUUUGGUUUCUUAAUCAUUAUUGCAGGCAUCCCAGACCCCCUUUAUUUCCUAUUUAUCCUAUGAUUUGUUUAGAUCUUAUAAAGAGCCUAUAUUUCAAGAAAUCUUCCCAUACUUCCCUUAUGCUGUGUUUACACUCAAGCGUUUACCAAGGUAAACAUUAACUGACUAAACCCUGGUACAUUUGUACAGUGUUUAUACGGGCUCAAAUAACUAAGGUAAGUCUGUCAUCAAUCACAAUCUAAUCGAAUUGGCGGCAAAUUCUAAAUCCACGCAUAAAUGCUCGCGUUUAAAAGAGAAGCUGUGGCUCUUGUAGUCCUCGCGUUUUAUUUUCUUGUUCUUGAUCAGCAAACCCAGGAAUCGAGUUUGCAGCAGCUCUUACUUUUGCAGCACCUAAAGAGGUGGAGGCGAAAGCGAUUAAUUCUGCUACAAAUUGCCCUUCGCAAGACAAGGCGCGUUAGACGUGCGUGGUCGUGGCCGAGAAACCAAUUCUGGUUCGAAACUCUAUUAAACGGAAAUUUUGUUGAAGAAUGGUGUGUGUUUUGUGUCUUUGGUUUUUGCCAUAACUUCUUCGUAGACCGAAACCAAACGUGGAAACCUGGUCGAAAACCUAGUCUCGAAAACCUGGUCUCGAAAACGUGAUCGAAUGAGCCUGACGCAAUCCCGACACCACAGGAUUUGAAAUUCUACGCGACCGCAAGCGGAUGUAUCUGUCAUCCAAACCUUGGUUACCGACCUUAACCAUGCCUUUUCGCAGGGCAAACCGAACUUUUACCUUAGUUAACUUUCUAUUGUCUUCAGCGGUGUUUACCAGGGUAUCAGUUGGCGUUUACACACGCAAAAUAUUUACCUAGGUAAGUUAACUCCAAUACCUCGGUAGCACGCUCAAGUCUAAACACGGCAUUAAAUAGGACAUAUUCUGAUAUCUGCAUUUUCCACUGUGAAGCAUUUUUGGUGUGAAUUAACAAAAUCAAAAUUCUUUAUCAGUAAAAAUAGUAUUCUAUUAAAAAAAUAUUUUUUUGUAAUUUUUUUUCCUAUAAAGAGCGUAUAUUUGAACAGCCUAUUUUUCCUAUCACAUUUUGCAAAAGUUGAUGGAAUACCUGUUAUUGAAUUAUUUGAUUAUUUGAGAGUUGUUUUGUCGUUGGAAACUUUUUUUUGUCGUCUUAUUUAACUUGUCUGUUGUUGUUUUACAGCCCAGUGGUUCACAUGAUAGAGUACAUCGAGGAAGGUGUAAAACGCAUCCGAGACGCACACAAAGCCAUCAAAUCUUGA